AUGGUGAGGCUACAGAUUAAAGAGGCUUUUCUAGAGAUAUUUAGCACAGAGAAUUUUAGGUGUUUUUCCUGCUGUAACACAUCACAUAUCUCUCAAGAACUUACAAAUGAAUUUGUGUAUAAUGAGUCCCCAUCAAAGCUGGAGACUAAUGGAAGAUUGCGGUCUUUAAGCUUGGUGCAAAGCACAGAAGAUUGAAGAUCCACAAUUGCUGAUAUAAGAAGAUCGACAGUGGUAGAAAUGACAGGAUUGGAACCGAUUUACGAAGAUGGCUUUCAGAAUCAGAAGAAUGAACGGCAAGUGCACUCUGAAUAG